AUGGGUACCUUGUUAAUUUCUAAAAUCAGAGAAGAAUUCCCAGAUAGAAUGAUGGCUACUUUUUCUGUUGUUCCAUCUCCAAAAGUCUCUGAUACUGUUAUCGAACCAUAUAAUGCCACCUUAUCUGUUCAUCAAUUAGUUGAAAACUCCGAUGAAACAUUCUGUAUUGAUAACGAAGCUUUGUAUAAUAUUUGUCAAAAAACCUUGAAAUUACCACAACCAUCAUACGUUGAAUUAAACAACUUGGUUUCGUCUGUCAUGUCUGGUGUCACUACUUCCUUGCGUUACCCAGGUCAAUUGAACUCUGAUUUGAGAAAAUUGGCUGUCAACUUGGUUCCAUUCCCAAGAUUGCAUUUUUUCAUGGUUGGUUACGCUCCAUUGACCUCUAUGGGUUCUAAAUCAUUUAGAUCUGUUACUGUUCCAGAAUUGACCCAACAAAUGUUUGAUUCCAAGAAUAUGAUGGCUGCUUCAGAUCCAAGAAAUGGCCGUUACUUGACUGUUGCUGCUUUCUUCAGAGGUAAGGUCUCUGUCAAGGAAGUUGACGACGAAAUGCACAAAAUCCAAACCAGAAACUCAUCAUACUUUGUUGAAUGGAUUCCAAAUAAUGUACAAACUGCUGUUUGUUCUGUUGCUCCAAAGGAUUUGGAUAUGUCUGCUACUUUUAUUGGUAACUCUACUUCCAUUCAAGAAUUAUUCAAGAGAGUCGGUGAUCAAUUCAGUGCUAUGUUUAGAAGAAAGGCUUUCUUGCACUGGUAUACCUCAGAAGGUAUGGAUGAAAUGGAAUUUACUGAAGCCGAAUCCAACAUGAAUGAUUUAGUUAGUGAAUAUCAACAAUACCAAGAAGCCAGUGUCGAUGAAGAAGAUAUUGAUUAUGCCGAUGAAGCUCCAUUAGACGAAGUUGCUAUGGAAUAA